AAAAAAUUUAAGAUUAUAAAAAAUUUCCGGCGAAUCCAAAAAUGACAUCAAUUUUUGAAAUCUCCGAACGUCUCCUAUCACCACCAUCAUCGCCAAUUGGCGGUGUCAAUGAGGUUGGUUCCGAUCAUCUAAACGAUCAGCGUGCAUUGGAAAAAUUGGCACUCGAACUCUCAAUGCUUGACAUGGGCGGCAAUGGAACGAACACAAAUGGCGAAGGACUUAAUGACUUAUCCAAUGCACUACUUAAUAUGCCUGCAGAUGGUAUUGUACCUGGCAGCACACUCAAUGCAUUCACAUCUAUGCUUAAUUUUAAUGGUGUGCAUUUUGAUGAUCGCAAAAAGUCACAGAAUAUGACAGAGUGUGUACCCGUACCAAGUAGUGAGCAUGUUGCUGAAAUUGUUGGACGACAAGGUUGCAAAAUCAAAGCACUCCGUGCAAAGACAAACACUUACAUAAAGACACCAGUCAGAGGCGAGGAACCAGUCUUUGUUGUCACCGGACGUAAAGAAGAUGUUGCCAAAGCAAAGCGUGAAAUUUUAUCAGCAGCUGAGCAUUUCAGUCUUAUUCGUGCAUCAAGAAAACCAUCAUUGUUGGGUGGAUUAAAGGGAACACCGCCAGGACCGCCAACAAUUCCUGGACAAGUUACAAUUCUUGUUCGAGUUCCUUAUCGAGUUGUCGGACUAGUAGUCGGACCAAAAGGUGCCACAAUCAAGCACAUUCAGCAAUCAACUCAGACUUAUAUUGUAACUCCAUCACGCGAUAAGGAGCCAGUCUUUGAAGUCACAGGCCUUCCAGAUAAUGUUCAGUCAGCAAGAAAACAAAUUGAAGCACACAUCGCAUUAAGAACCGGCAAUGUACAUUCAAAUGACAUGAGUCAGGAACUCCUUACAAGCUUAUACAAGAACGGUUUAAGCUCACUUCUCGAGCAAUUAGACUUGAAGGACACAGAAAUGAAUGCAUUCGCAAAUGGUGCACAAAUGACAUCAUCAACUGGCUCAUCCACAUGCUCAUCAUCCUCAUCCGGCUCAUCAACAUCAUCAAAGUCAGCCUCAAUUAUGAUCCGACCAGAAUUGAUAGAUUUAUGGAACACAAUAGGAAAUGAGAAUUCAAUUGACUGCGACGAAGGUAUUGGCGAUUCAUCACCAAUUAACAUCUGGUCACUUCCAAAUUCAUCAAUGCUUGGAUCUCGCUCAUCACCGACAGCAUCAGCCUCACCAACAGACUCACUACUCACAUCCAGUAAUGCAAAUAAGAUGAAGACAUGCUUUUAUUGUGGCGAAAAGGAAAUCAAUUCAAUGCUCAUCCCAUGCGGUCAUCAGAUCUACUGUGCUGAAUGUAGUGAACGAUCUUGUGAUGCACGUGAACCGUGCUUGAUUUGUAAUCAGAAACCAACACAGUCAAUGAAGACGAUGGUCUAAAUUGAAACAUGAUUGAAACACAUUUUUUUUAUAUGAUAUGUACACAGACACACACAGAGACAUACACAAAGAUUAAAUGUAGUAAUUAAUUAAGUUGGCG